GGGGGACAAGAUCGAGGUGUAUAUGGGGCAAUUGAAAGGUGUGGUCGCGAUAUGGAACUGACAGGAUUGAAAUCGUCAAAGUUGAAAUAGUUUGUCAUGCAUAAAAUGCAACGCAGAAAAUGUCUGUCUUGCAGAGUAGGCAAGGGAGGCAGAUUGUGAGCCUGUUUCGGGUUAGAAAUAGAGCUGCUCAAGUAGCAUCACAAAAGGCGUCCUCCUUACCCAAACAGCAUUACAAACUAGAUUUCGACUCUACUCAAAUUUGUCAUGCGCCGCUUACAAAUUGGACUUGCAACUGGUAUCGAUUUUAUGCAUUGCAAGUUACUUCAACUUUGUCGAUUUCAACUCUGACACAUCCAUAGGCGACCGUGAGAAAAAUGUUGGAAAACGGAACGAUGAUGGUGGAACCGAGGCUGGGGGAUCUGGGAAUCGGGAAAAUAGGUGUGAUAGUGAUUUGUUGUGAAUUUCCUAUUUGGAGGACAGUUAGUACGAACGUGUCAAGGAAAAUAACCCAAUAAAAACGAUUCGCAGUUUUGAAUUUCGCAUGACACCGACAAGAAAGUAUUUCAUCCUAUCAAAACAAAAACUAUCAGGUCACGUCGUAGUAGACCCCCGUGAGUGCUGCAAGUAUUUCGAGCCGGGGCAGCGCGUGAAGGUGAUUUCCCACCAUGCGAAGCAGCGGGGGAGGAUAGGAGACGUGAUCAAGGCGG